AGUCGGUGCUCGGGAGAGAGGCCGGCUUUUGCCUUGCAGGCGGGCUGCCUGGCCGACAAGCGAGAGUUGGGGGAGUCGCUGCUUUCUCGGCCCCUCACGCCAGGCGAGGCCCCGGCUUUCCCCUCCGCCGCUAGGAAAGAUGCUGCCUUUGUCCAUCAAGGACGACGAGUACAAGCCUCCCAAGCUCCAUCUGCUCCGAAAGGUCUCGGGAUGGUUCAGGUCGAUCCUCUCGGACAAGACGUCGCGCAACCUCUUCUUCUUCCUCUGCCUCAACCUCUCCUUCGCCUUCGUGGAGCUGCUGUACGGCAUCUGGAGCAACAGUCUAGGUUUAAUAUCAGAUUCAUUUCACAUGUUUUUUGAUUGUACUGCUCUGUUAGCUGGGCUUGCAGCUUCAGUCAUUUCAAAGUGGAGAUCAAAUGAUGCUUUUUCCUAUGGGUACGUUCGAGCAGAAGUAUUAGCUGGUUUUGUAAAUGGUUUAUUUUUGAUCUUCACUGCUUUCUUCAUUUUCUCUGAAGGAGUUGAGAGAGCACUUGAGCCUCCUGAUGUGCAUCAUGAAAGACUCCUUCCUGUUUCCAUACUUGGGUUGCUUGUAAAUCUGAUAGGAAUCUUUGUGUUCCAACAUGGUGGACAUGGCCAUUCUCAUGGUUCUGGACAUGAACACAGCCAUUCACUGUUUAACGGGGGUCUCAGCCAUGGCCAUGGAGGACAUGGCCACAGUCAUGAUUCCAAGCAUGGGCAUGAACAUGGACACAGCCACUCCCAUGGGCAUGAGCAUGAGCAUGGACAUUCUCACGAUUAUUGCCAUGAUGAUCAACCCAUUGAGAUGGCUGCGGGAUCCAGCAAACAGAUUUUAGAAGGUGUAUUUUUGCACAUUGUUGCUGAUACCCUUGGAAGUAUUGGUGUAAUCAUAUCUGCACUAUUGAUGCAGAACUACGGUUUGAUGAUUGCUGACCCAAUCUGUUCGAUGCUUAUAGCUCUGCUUAUUGGAGUCAGUGUUGUUCCACUCCUGAGAGAAUCCAUUGGAAUUUUGAUGCAGCGAACGCCUCCUUCUCUAGAAACUGCUUUGCCUCAGUGCUAUCAACGGGUUCAACAAUUGCAAGGAGUUUACAAUUUGCACGAUCCUCAUUUCUGGACUCUUUGUACUGAUGUUUACAUAGGGACUUUGAAACUGUUUGUAGCUCCAGAUGCUGAUGCAAAGUGGAUAUUAAGCCAAACUCACAACAUUUUUACUCAGGCUGGAGUGAGGCAACUGUAUGUACAAAUUGACUUUGCCACUAUGUAGCGAACCUCUUCAUCUCCUCUUUGGACCAAAGCUUUCUAGUACUGUCAUUUUAAGACUUUGUUCUUCCUUUGGAAUUGAAACUCCUGGUCUCCGUUUCCCAGCAAAGUCUCCUGCCGUGUGAUUAGCAGAAGAGAAAACGAAAAGAGGCCUCAUCUUGAAUUAUCUGGGAUUGACUUAACAGGAGCCCCAAAACUUCGUGGAUUCUUUGCCAAGUUUGCUCCUACCGACAGCAGACUUAUCAAUACAGAUGUGUGGUUGCAAUCAUUGACUGUGCUUUCUGUAAAGCUGCAGCUAUGGCAGAGAUUUCUUGUUCCCACAGAACCGGUAUUAUUGCAGAGAGGGAGAAAUUAAACAGAAAUUACUUUGGGGUGUAAUGUCACAGUGUUUGACAUUCUACAGCAUAACUGUUUAUGAGACUGUUUGUACUUUGCAAACUUAAUGAACCAAACCAUAUUGGGUUUUCAGAGUGCCUUUUUUAUCAAAGUAUCUGUCAGCACAGAUAGGAAACAUUGGGGAUUUUUAUUAAUUUUUAUGGCUGUGACUUGUACCAGUAAAAGUUUUUGCUUGCAAUUGGUGUGCUGUAAAUGUGUAAUUGAAUUCAGAGAUGAUGGCGUCCCUGUUAACGUUACAUUUUUAAGUUUCUCGGGGAGACGACUCUUCAGUUUUCAAAUACAAAGUUAAAAUGGAUACGCAAAACGCGCUUGCAGAAUGUUUCAUUACCGUGAAUUAAAAUCUUGGCUGCUAAUUCUGCAGCAUCCCGACAGUAAUUGGACGUUACUACAUGUAGCCAGCGUGCAGAAGGAUAUCUUGCAAGAAUGUCUUCUUCUGAUCUGAUGUCUUUUAAUUGUUUUCAUCAUGGCCAAGUCUUGCAGUAAAUAAUUAGGGUUUUUUAAAUGUAACUUUUAUGGAUUUGCCUCUUCCUGCAUUACCACUUCCUCUCUGAACCCUUUAUGUUGGAUACAUGAUUUUAUUUUGUAUUCUGUAUGUUUACUUAACAAAUUAUUUGAUCCUCUUACGAAUCUGAAUCCAGGAUAUUCUUCCCGCAAUUUCACCAUUAUCUGCAUUGACUUAGGUUUUAACAUUCGGAUUUUAACUGAACAUAAUGAGUUUUCCUAAACCAAACCCCAUAUUCAAAGAGGGUUGGGUUUUUUUCAUCAGUUUCUUGUAGGACCUAUAAAUCUUACAGCAGCAUUUUCUAGCACUUAAUUAUUUAGUGACUGGCUCUGCCAAUAUUGUCUGUGCUGCUAUUCUCCAUCAUAAUUAAAAGUUCUUUCAAAACUUCACAGGAACAUUCUGGGUAAUAUGUCUUGUGUCUAUAUAUCCCACUGUGCAAGUGUAAUAUUUAAAGGUUUCAUUUGGAUAGAAUGCCACAUAUGCAUUUUGCUGUUUCUAAUGUUGGAACUGAAGUUGAUCAGAAGCUAGUCUCCAUUUUAAGUUAAUAUGGAAAGCCCCAAUUCAUUGUUUGUCAAAUCAACAGAAAUCACUAGACUUUUUAACACAAUUGUAAUAAAAACUGUGCGAUGCAAGCAAGAUGAGCUUGCCUAGAAAAAUGAAGGCUAGCAUUUACUCAUGGUCAGAAAUGGUUUUUUUUAAAAUAGAAACAAUUGUUUUUUUUAAUUGCUUGCAUGAAAUUGUAUUAGGCAUCAGAAAUACAUAAAAUGGACCUGAAUUUUAUAUUGGAAAAAACUGUAGUGUGGAUUUUCUGUUUUUAUGGGAAUAACUUUUUAUUAUUUUUAAUCCCCUGGUUGUUAGAUAACCUUUUACUGGUGGUUUAAUUUCUAACCCUGCUUUGUUUUGCUUACUGUUAGAAAUGUAUUUUUAUGCAACCUGUAAUUUAAACCCUAAUAUAAGUUUUGAUUCAUUAUUUUUGCACAGUA